GCCGGGGUAUAUAAGGCCCUGCCCCACGCCACGAGCUCCAGCCUCACCUGGACGCGCCGAGGAGCGGGACGGGACGGGACGGACGGAGCUGCGCGGCAAAAUGUGCGACAAGCCAGAUCUCUCAGAGGUGGAGAAAUUCGACAAGAAGAAGCUGAAGAAAACGAACACGGAGGAGAAGAACACGCUCCCCUCCAAGGAGACUAUUGAACAGGAGAAGGAAUGUGUGAAGUCUUCCUAGAUUGAUGGCCUGGCAGAAAGACCUACCACUUGAUUAUCUUCUUUUUUUUUUUUUUGUUGGAAUGAAAUCAUGGUUUUUUUAAAUUUACAUAAUGUACAUGUAUAGAAAACAGUUGCAUCACCCAACCCAGUGUCCCACCUUGCUUUGGUGGGGGGGAUGGGACAAAACAUGGCCCUCAGUCCAUCAGAGCCUGACCCAGCCCCAUCUCUGCUGACUCCCCUUGACAGUGAUGAUCUCACUCUAAUGUGGGGAGGUGAGCAAGGGCUAUGGUGGCUCCUGAAGAUGGACCCCUUCUGCCUGCAGGAGUGGGGAUCCUUUCUGGCCUGGGUCUCUUACAUACUCUUCACUGAUGGUGUUCUGUAGGCUCACAGUUUUUUGUCUUCCUUGGGGGAAAAAUGAGAAGUUUAUUAUAAAAUAAAUGUAAUGACCUACC